AUGGAGUUUAAGCUGAAUACGAUGGGUAAUUAUGUGUCAACGCCGGCAGAGCUUUCGGCUUUUCCUUCUUAUGAUGGUCGCGCACCCGCCGACGUCACUAGAAAGCGAAAGCGAGAGGAUGAGUACUUCAAAAGUCUGCCACCCGGGUAUCGGUUCUGCCCCUACGACGACGAGCUAAUCCGGCAUUACUUGAAGCCCAAGGUCUUUGAGGAGCCGGUGCCGCUAAACCAGAUCUUCGACGUUAACAUAUAUCGCUACAACCCCGAGUCUCUUGCAGAUUAUGGAGAAAAAGAAUGGUACUUUUUUACUCCAAGAGAGCGAAAGUACCGGAAUGGAAGCCGUCCAAAUCGAGCGGCCGCUGAUGGAUACUGGAAGGCUACUGGAGCUGACAAGCCAGUUGUAGAUAAAAUGGAUAAUACUCAUAUUGGGUUUAAGAAGUCACUGGUGUUCUACAAAGGAAAACCUCCAAACGGUGACAAGAGCAACUGGAUUAUGCAUGAAUAUAGAGUCGCCAAUCCUCCUGUUCAAAUCAAAACGAGUGAAAAUGACAUGAGAUUGGAUAACUGGGUCUUAUGUAGGAUGCAUAAGAAAAUUGAUAAACCUAAAACUGGUACUCAAGCUGAGGAUCUGAAUCUGAUCAGGUCAAGUACUGAAUCCACAUCUUUGCUUGAUGAUCAUGAGCCCAUAGAGAUGCCAUCCAUGGAGGUGAUCAUUGACCCUGCAGAUGAGAUGAGCAAUGAGAUUAUCGACCCUGCUGUAUAUGACAAGAUCCUGCAUGAUCAAUCUCAAAUUGAACCUUUGGCAUCGUGUGAUCCGUCUGGAAGCAUCGACGCUGCUGAUUUGAUGUUUUUGCAACAUUUUAAUUUGAUUGAUAUGCCUAAUGCCUUUGGAUAA